AUCUCUGUGAAAAAUUGAUGAUGGAGACGCCUCAAAAGGUACUUGCGCUUGAUGUUUACAACGAGAAGAUCAAACACUUGCUUGAAUAUUAAGCAUGAUUCAAGGCUUGAAGGUCUUAUUAAGAUGGCGGAUCUGACUAUACAUCUUGCUGUGAUCUGUACUCCAGCUGAUUACAAUACACUUCCUCUUGAAACAAUCUACAACAAUUUCAUUGAUGCGCGUCCAGUUGUUAAAUACUGUUCUGAGAACAACAAGCGUCUCAUUCACUUUUCUACCUGUGAAGUGUAUGGAAAAACCACUGGUAGCUUUCUUCCUAAGGAUCAUCCUCUGGCGUGAGGUAAUGCCUAUUUGUACCUUUCGUUUUCAACAUGUUGUUGUGUUUCUAUCAAUCAUAUCAAUGAAUGUACUGAGGAACAUGUUGAAGCUGACAUUUUCUUUCGUUUUCUUAGCUACAUUAUGAAUGCUUCAUUCAUUUUUUUUUUGUAUUUUUUAUAUGUUUUAUGCCUUGUAUGUUUAAUUUUUUUAGGAAAUUGUAAUAAUUAUUAAGUUUUACCAAAUAAAAAUAUUUAUAAUUUUUCAAAAUUUUUUUUUAAGAAACCCACUUAAAGACUCUACCAUUGGACAAAGAAAAUUUUAAGGAUUCAUCACAAACUCUUAAUUUUAAAAUUGCCAUAAUUUAUGAUUAAAAAAUGUUUAAGGAUCCUUUUAAGGAUUCUACCAUUGUUGUUGCUCUUAUGAUUCUAUAAUUUGAUGUGCAAGUUAGUGGAUGAAAAUAUACAAGGACUUUUAAAAUAACAUAUAUCUUUUGCCUUUGUGUUUCCCAAUUGUCUCAGUGAGUUUUCUAUUAAUUUUUUUUUGCAAUUCCUUGCUCAUGUUAAAUAUGAUGUAAAGAUUGAAAGAGGAGAUUAGGAAAAUUGUUAAAAUGAACAAGAACCUAUAAUUUACUGGUGAAAGUUCAAGAAUUGAUGAUCUAAGUCAAGAAAACCAAAAGCUAUCAAAAUCUUAAGUUACUCUCCCUGCAGUCAUUAUCAGGGAGAUUCAGCUUACACUUAGAGCUCGCCUUGACCCGUUAUCUCGUUGUCAAUGCAAUAAUCCUCGUUCUGGUACUCUUUUUGCUUCUUGGUUUAACCUGUUUCAGUUUCGGCGUCGUUAGUGGCUGAGGUGGCGGGUUUUUGCUGUGGUAGCAGGUUCUUUCGCUGUGGUAGCAGGUUUUUUAUUUUGUUGGACCUUGUGGCCGUAUUGGGCCUACGGGCUUUGUAAUGUUUUUUUUAUUAAUAAAAGUUUAAAGAAAAAAAAAAAAAAAAAAAG